CAUAUUGCUGCAACAGCGUAAUUAAUGGAAUUCUGGGUUAGUUUUUCCCAGCAAAUGUAGAAGACAGAGAAGAGAGCCAUAUGUAGCAUAAAUAAGUAAAAUCUUAUUUCAACUUAGGAUUAUCAUUUCUGUUAUGUAGUCAUUUAAGAGAAGUGGUUUACUUUUGGUUCACCAGAACUUCCAAAAUUUGAAGAGAGUGCUCCUUUUUUUUAUUUUUCUUUCUUUUCAUUUUACUAUUUCGACAUUCCCGCCCCUAUUCAAGAGAACACUUUAUGCUGCAGACCAAAAGCUAGAUUGGCUCUGCUUAAUCAUCCGAAGAGGUAUGUAGUAGUUACUAUCUUUGACAUACAUGGUUGUUAUUUGCACUUGCAAUAUGUGUAAUCAAUUCAGGCAUCCUUUUGUUGUUUCGUCUAUUUUUAUGUGUGUGCGCGUGUCUGUGGACGCAUCGUAAAGAUGAGAUGAGAUCGAAUUGCUUUAUCUUUGUACUGUUUCUUAAGUGUUUAGAGCUUGAUCUUGUCAAUUAAACAGUAUUCUAUAUAGAUUGUGGAAGCCAUUUGUGUUAUCAUUUCAAGAAUGAGUAUUGUUAUCUGUCUAGCUCUAGAACAACAGGGGAUGACUUGUAACUAGUAGGAUCUCAGGAAUACGGAUAUCUUUAGAUAUGACAGGGGGUAGUGGGGAUGCUGGAGAAUCAUGCUCCAAGCCACUUGGAAGGUUCACUGUGUUUUAUUAUGGGGUCGGGCAUAUGCUGAAUGAUAUAACAUCCACCUGUUGGUUCACGUAUCUAUUAGUCUUCUUGACAGACAUUGGAUUGCCUCCGAGAAAUGCUGCUGUGGUCAUGCUCUCUGGUCAAAUUGCUGACGGGUUCACAACCAUAUUUGCUGGCGAAUUGAUAGACAGAUACGGGCAGUUUAAAAUCUGGCAUGGCGUGGGAUCCCUCUUAGUUGCUGUUUCAUUCUCUUCAGUCUUUGGCGGUUGCUUGCCUUGCAAAAUCGUUGGAUCUGAUUCUCAUUUUACACAAACCAUCAGUUAUAGCUUUUCGGCUGCAGUCUUCAACGUCGGCUGGGCAGCUACUCAAGUAUCACACAUGGUUGUGUUAAGUACUUGCCGUAACGCCUUUACAAUGGUUGCAAAUCUUAGUGUAUAUGGACUUGCUUUAGUGGUGUUCAACAUUAAGCCGGGAAAGAAGAUUCUUGAUGUCGAGAAUCAGUUCCAUUGGAUAGCAUAUGCAUCGAUCUUUCUCGGAUGCUGUUUCGUGGGCUUAUUUCAUCUCGGCACGGAAGAGCCUAGGUUGAAAAGAGAAGCCCGCGAAAAAGGACAUGCCCGAAUUUCAUGGACUUGCUGGUUUAGCCGGCUGCUGUACCAUCAAGUAGCGCUUGUUUACGUGCUCACUAGACUUGUGGCAAAUGUUUCACAAUCAUUCAUUGCAUUCUAUGUCAUCUAUGAUCUGCAAAUGUCUCAAUUCUCCAAAGCUUUGGUUCCUGCUGUCAUAUGUACUUCCAGUUUCAUUAUGUUGAUCCUCCUGCAGGAACUCUCCUGGACAGGCAGACGGUUGAAGGCCGUGUACACUGCUGGAGGCAUUCUGUGGAUAAUUUCUGGUAUAGGAAUCCUGUUUCUGCCGACUGCCAUGAAUCCCCUUAUGUAUGUUUUAUCUGUAGUGGUUGGUGCCGCAAAUGCCUUGAUGAUGGUUUCUUCUACCGGCAUGCAGAGCUUUCUAGUAGGUUAUGAACUUAACGGAUGCGCAUUUGUUUAUGGUUCGCUCAGCUUUAUGGACAAGAUACUAUCGGGGCUGGCUCUAAGCGCGCUCGAAUCAUACCAAAGGCCGAGUAUGGAAAGUUUCAAUUGUGAUCAUCCGAGUUCUCAUCUUUCGAUUACUAGAUACAGUCUAGGCUUAGUCCCGGUCGUCUGCUCGGUUGUCGGGAUCAUGGUAACACCGGGCAUGAAGCUUCCGGAGGCGUUCUCGACGUCGUUGUCGGAUACAUUAUUGGCGUAGGGGAGGGCAGGUGAGCAUUCUUGAACUUUUAGUUUUGUAACGAUUUGUCUGAAAUGAAUUUAUGAAUUCUACGUAUGUGAUUUGUGAGUAUUUUGGUUCAUGAUUUGGUAUUUUUGUUAUAAGGUAGAAUGUCUGGUGUCUUUU